ACUCUAUUCUUAUUCGACGCAUAAACAAUUUAAAGCAACAAUUCUAAGAAAUUUAACUUGUAUUUAAUAAUAAUUUUAUCAGUUUGUAAAAAGGGAACGGCAAUUACAUCGUAGGAUUAUGAUUAGAUUUAGUAAAAAUCAAGUGUUGUACGCUUAUCUUAUAUUUGUGAUCUACGCCAAUCAAUUGAAGAUGCAAGAGAACGAAGAUAAAAGAACUGAUGGACCAAUUAACGAAGAGAAAUUCAAAAAUGUCAUUUUAAGUAACGAAUCGAGGCAAAAAAGAGCUGCAAUAAGCGACCACGAUAGACUCUGGGAGGAAGGUGUAAUUCCUUAUGAAAUCCAAUCCGAUUGCUCCAGAAGCCUGUUGAAAACUAUCCGCUCGGCAAUGGACGAAUGGGAAGCAGAAACAUGCUUGAAAUUUGUCGAAGCAGAACCCAUACAUCCAGAAAAAUUAGUUAUUAGAAAUAAAGGGAAAUGCGGUUGCUGUUCUGAAAUUGGUAGGAAAUAUAAAUUAAGGCAAUACCUGACUCUAGAUGAAGAUCAGUGCAAUUAUAAAGAAGCGGUGUUGCACGAACUAGGCCACACGAUUGGCUUCGAUCACGAACAUAAACGACCCGAUCGUGAUAAACAUGUCAAAAUUCUAUACGAAAAUAUCGAGAAAAAGUUUUUGAAUCAGUUUUCGAAAUUGGAUGAAGGCGAAAUUAAUUCUUUGAGGUCUCCUUACGAUUUUGAUAGUAUCAUGCACUAUUCUUCAGAUGUUUAUGCUGUUUCAUUAGCGAAUGAAACUAUGCAAGCCUUAAAUUCCUCAGUUUCUUUAAAGGAAUUCAAAACGACACUUAGUCCCAUCGAUAUUGAGCAAACAAACCAAUUAUACAAAUGUCCAAAUUGCUUGUUCAAUUUAUAUGAUCCUGAAGGAGUGGUAACGACUGAUGGUAUCGAUUACAAAUCGGAAACUGUGCAUUGCCAAUGGUACAUUAGAAGGAAUCGAGGAGAGUUUAUCCAGUUCUUUCUUGAUUAUGUGGACAUACCUGAAAGCGAAAAUUGUGCGGACGGCUAUUUGGAAUUAAGAGAUGGCUACUGGUCAAAAUCUCCACUUAUUGGUAGAUUCUGCGGAAAUAAUUCGUUACAAAAAUACUACCAAACCCAAUCUCAUACACUAUUAAUUACUUAUAAGUCUAGUAACGCUUCUAAUUAUGCAGGUUUUUUACUGAAUUAUACAGUUAUUUGCACUGGAAGAAUCGAAGCAGAAAAGGGUGUUUUAGAGAGUAAAUAUUUACAAGAAUCUUAUUCCAUUCUUUCUCAAUGCAAAUGGAUAAUUGCAGUUCCACCAGAUUAUACAGUAGCGCUGCAUUUUGAAGCUCUAGAUAGUAGAGCUGAUAACAACUGUUCCUCCUAUUAUUUGGAAGUUCUGGAUGAAGCAAACAAUGAAAUUAUAGAUAGAUAUUGUGGAUUACAGCAAACUAAAGAUGUAGUAUCUUCUAACAACACUGUUUCACUCACAUUUGUAACUAAUGACUGGAAUAGUACAGAGUUUGUAAUACGGUUCUUCAUGGAAAUCGACGAAUGCUACUUACCAGAUAAAGGUGGAUGCAACGACAUAUGCAAGAACACAAUAGGGAGUUAUUAUUGUGAAUGCCAAACAGGGAAAGUAAUGUUUCCCAAUAAGAAACAUUGCGAAGAUAUUAUGGAUGAUUGUGGAGGAAUUUUGAAUGUGUCAGAAAGAAUCGUCAUUGCAAGCUCACAUUUUCCCGAAGAGUAUCCAGAAAACGUAACGUGUGAAUGGGAUAUUCUUAACGAAAAUGUUCAACUGACAUUUUUAUACAUGGAUGUUCAAGGUUCCAAAAAAGGAUGUCAGGAUGAAGUAACUAUAAGCGGUCAUAAUAUAAGUGGUAAGAUGUAUUGUGGAUGGCGCACUCCAGAAUCUCUAAUUUUAACUUCUACAUUUGGCAUUAAAAUCAAAUUUAAUUCAGGUGAGCGAAUUAAGAAAUGGAAGAAGUGGGUAGGAUUUGCAAUAAGUAUUGUACCCUCCUGAGAAACUAGCGUAUGAAUAUUCUUAUUGUAUAAAUUUUCCAGAAAAAGUUUGAUGUAUUCUCCAUUACUUAUUUAUAUUUUAUUAAAAAUCAUGGAAGCAAAUGUCCAGAUAUUGUGUGUGAAGUGUUAUGCAUGAAUAAAU